AUGGGUGAGAUAAAAGAGAAUACCCCGAUUUUCAGAUGGCCUGAUAAAAAGUUAGUUAUUUUAGUCAUAUUAUUGUUUUUUAUUCAUAUGCAAAUAUUAUUACAUCUUAUCAAUAUAGCAAAAAAUUAUUUUUUAUUUUGAAUUUAAAAAGCCAUGUCUCUUCUGAAUGGUAUACAUGGAAAACAAAAAAUGUUUUUUUUUUAAUCUCUAAUGCCAUAGUUUAAUUUAUACGCAAUUUUUUUGUAGUUACAUUUUAUCUCGUGAUAUAGCAUCCGACAUAGUACCGUCUUUUUGUCGCGGAGCUACAUAUAUUUACACAAAAGCAGCAUUAACAAAAGUUUUGGAAUAUACGUCAACCGUGAACAUAUUCCGUGCUGAAGAUGUUUUAUUUAAUGGUGUCGUAAGUGCUAUUGCUGGAGUGCAACAAAGAAACAUAAAUGGUCUUUGUGCAAAUUUAGUAGGUCAAACUUACUUUUUUUAAAAUUUUUUACUAAACAUUUCUUCUUCUAGUUUUUAAUUUUUGUUUUUUAAUGCUACCAACUUAAAAAAUGGUUUUAGAAAAAAACUUGUACAAUGUCACACCACUCACAUAUUGUGAACUUACACCAGCACAACUAUAUUCCUACUAGUAAAGCAUAAAAUUGUUUCUACGUCUGAACAUUUAAUGAAGAUUUUGUCACACAAGGGUUUAAACAUACUACAUAAAAUAAUAAACCAUUUGUUUGUAUUUGUAACAAGGUUGAAUCAGCGAACAGGGGUAACUGCCGAGGGCAGAAGAUAAUCCGCAUCGCCUUCUGUGAAAUUUGACAAAAAUUUAUGUUAUUAUAAUGCAAUUACCUGAUAUUAAACUCAAAUCCAAAAAAAAAAAAACAGUUUAUAUAAAACGGUGAAACAAAGAUAACUAACUACAUAUUAUAGGGUUACACUAUAGAAAUGUUUGUCAUCCGGGUCGCUUGCUUGUUGAUACUAGUGGUUGGAGCUACAUCUGGAACAGCGGUCGUGUGCCCAAAGGUUCAGAAAGCGGUGGGAAAGCUGAUUUCUGCUGACUUUAGUGCUGAUAUAUUUAAUUCAGCAUGCAACUUAAUUCUUAACGGUACCAAACAAGGAACUUCCUUUAGCAACCUUGCUACAAGUAAGUACUCUUUGCUAAGAGUUAUGUUACAAAAAUUUGUUAACGUUAUUAAAUAUUAGGGAGAAAUUCCCGUUUGGCUUAGAACUUUCAGGAAAAUCCGAUAUAUAAGGGACGAGCUAAAUACAUCGGAUGGAAAGUAUCAGACAAAAAAUGCGGUUUCUUGUCUGAUAUUUUCGUCUCUCAUUUUCCCGCUAUCUUUUUUUUCCUCUCGUUGCCGACGGCAGUUAGAGAAAAAAAAAGAUCGUUGAAAAAAAUAUCAGACAAGGAAUUGCAUUUUUUGUCUGAUACUUUCCAUCCGAUGUAUUUAGCUCGUCCCUUAUAUUCAAUUGCAUGAAUUAGUUCCUUAAAUUAAAUUUUAAUCUAUAAUCACAUAUAUUUUAGGCCUUUAUAACACAUUGGAAUCGCAAGUCUUGUCGCUUACCGCCUUCUACGGGCCUGCUAUGAAGCUUUACACUGGCCUAUCUGACUGGGAAGACGUACUAGACAAAGCUGUAACCCAAAUUAAAAAAGUUUGCAAACCAUACUACAACAACAAAUUAUUGAAAAACAAACCUGCUAGUAUGACUGCUAUGGACAAAAAGAUUGCCGGUUGGAUUGUGAAGAAGGUCGUUCGCGGUGCUAUGCUGGAUGUUAAGGGAGCUAUCGAAUCGUCUGACUGGAAACUGAUCCUUACCGACUUGUGGACUCCAAUCAGAUUCGAUGCCAACGGCUUCACCAAACCUUAA